GGAUCUUCAGGCUGCUGCGCUGCGUGAAGCCAUCACGCACUUUGAGGACCACAAGGCGACCUAUGCCAUCGACCAUGCUGAUACCAAAAGGGUCAUCGACGAGAUGCGCGAAGAUUUCAGCAUUGAGACGAAAGGAUGCAUUGAGGUGCGAAACAGACCCGUGCAGGAAUGUCGUUCGUCCUUGACAGAGGAGCUUGCAAGAAUAAGAAAAGAGAUGGCAAGCUUGGGGGAUGAGCUGAAGCAAAAGAUGGAAGAAGACAGAUCAGCUCAGGACGGCAAAGUAAAGAAGAUGGAGGAGCUGCACGAGGUCGUGGGGAAGAAGUUGGAUGACUUGGAGUUGAGGUUUCAACAGCAGCCUGACCCAUCCACAACAGUCAACGCCAUCAAUGCUGCUAUGGUGGCCAACGAAAAGGAGGCCGCCAAGAUUCAGAACGCCUUGGAAGAGGUCUCCAGCUCUGCGGCCAAGAUGGAUCAGCAGCGGGCCUUGUUCGAGUCGCGUGUCUCUGAGGCUGUGAAAAGCUGUCAAGACGCGAAUGCCGGAGCAGCGAAAGCAGUGGAGAUGGCACAGAGCCAUUCGGAGGAGGCACAGCGGGCGACCACGGCGGUGGUGACCGCAGCGACCAGUGCGGAGAGCCAAGCGCAAGAGGCGCGUGAGGCAGUGCAGGUCCUUCACAAUGUAGCAGCAACUGCUGAGAACCAUGCGCAGAAGGCCUUCGAAGCCAAAGCAGCAGCAGAGCAAGCAGUAGAAACCACCGCCGGGCACAUGUUGGCAACCACCAAUGCCUUGGCUUCUGUACAAAGCAAUGUCUCCUCCGCGGAGAAUUACGCACAAGCAGCUGCGGAGGCCAAGGCUGCCUCGCAAGUGGCAGCCGAGUCGGCAGAGAGCUGCAAGGCUGCAGCCGCUGACGCGCUGUCGGCGUUACAAGCCAAGGUGGCAUCUGCCGAGAGCCAUGCGCAGACGGCCUUCGAGUCCAAAAGCGCCGCUGAGCGAUCUGC